AUGAAGCAAGGCAAAGUGGGUGGGCAGUUUUGGUCGGUCUUUGUAGAGCAUAGCGUUCGUGAUACCCUUGAGCAGAUUGAUGUGGCAAAGCGCUUGGUAGCGGAAUACAACGAGCUGCAGUACUGCGAGACAGCAGCAUGCGCUCGAAAAGCCUUUAAGUCAAAGAGGAUAUCGUCCAUGCUUGGUGCUGAAGGGCUUCACCAGAUCGGUUCAUCCAUUGCUGUGAUCCGGCAAAUGUACGAGCUCGGAGUGCGCUAUAUCACUCUAACUCACAACUGCGACAAUGCAUUCGCUACCGCAGCCACGACGGUAACAGAGACAGGCAAGGACAGUGGACUGAGUGAAUUUGGACGUGAUGCGAUACGGGAAAUGAACAGGCUAGGCAUGAUGAUAGACCUCUCCCACACGUCUCACCGAACAAUGCGAGAUGCCAUAUCUAUGACUCGAGCACCAGUGAUAUUUUCCCAUUCGGCAUGUUUUGCGCUUGCAAAAAGUCUGAGAAAUACCCCUGAUGAUGUCCUUCAAAUGCUCCGACAAAAUGGUGGCCUGAUCAUGAUCUUUUUUGCGAACAAGUUCAUUAGACCUGACAACCCGGAAAAGGCCAGUUUAGAAGACGUGGUAGAUCACAUAUUUCAUGCUGCCUCCAUUGCCGGCUGGGAUCAUGUUGGAAUUGGCAGUGAUUUUGAUGGAACACCUACCGUUGCUAGUGGGAUCGAUGAUGUCUCGGCAUACCCGAGGCUCAUUGAAGCUGUCAUGCGGCGCGGUGCAACGGAUGAGCAGAGAGCCCCCGCUUCUCAUCCCGCCCCAAUCUUCCAGUCUCCCAACGUGUACGUGGUGAAUAUGUCUGGUCGUUCAAGAAAUGCCCGGGCACAGCGACCACCAAGAGUCGCAUCCUGUGAGCCCUGUCGAUUGUCGAAACUAGCCUGCGACCAUCGACAACCAUGCGCUCGCUGUGUUGGCCGAGAAAUCCCCCAUGAGUGUGUCUACAGGAAGAAUGCGUUCAAGCGGAGUCGACCCUCCUUUACAGCGCAAUCUUCGGAGACGCAACAUUCGCUGGCUUUUAAUUCCGCAUCUAUUCUGGAAGCCAUCCGUCCAACUCUCCCACCAAAUAGACACCCAAAUACGGGAUACCAGGGUUCGUCUUCUCUGGACUCAUUAUUGGGCAACGUUCGCGAGCAAACUAUGCUCUUUGGGGAUCUAGAGGCUGGCUCGACCUUUCUUCCGGUCGGACGGGAUGACGAGGGGCCGACUUACUCUACAACAAACUUUAUGAACAACGCUUCGACAAUUGAGGGAGCACAAUUGUUGGAAACACUUAGCAGCUCUAGGUUCAAUACCACCAUCAUGCGCUUUUUCUCUGACUGGAAGGGGAACGGACUGGAGUCGCAUGUUGGCGCAUUUCUCAUUCAGCCAUUUGCUGAUGCAGUCAUUGAAGAAAUCUUCACCCUACAGCGUUCUGAAAAUUUUCGAUCUGAUCUACUAGCCUUAUCCCAGCGGUUGUUUGAAAAUACCAGCCGCGCUGUGGAUAUAACUCGUUUGAUGACCCUGCAGGGCUUCAUUGACCAGUAUACGGGUCCAAACCUGCGUUGGGAGACAAUGGGAGUAAUCCUCACACUUGUUGGCAUCGCCGCAACCGAGUUUCGUGCACCAUAUGCUCUGUAUAAAACAGAACAAGAGCGACAAACCCUCAGGAUGAACCUGAUUCAAUUUGGAAACAAAUGUGCAAUCUUUUGCGAGACACUGGACGUCCUGAACGACGUUCAUAUUCUGUUUCUUUAUCAAACAUUCCAGGUCCAGUCUGUUUUCUAUGGAGAUCAAAACCUAGCAUCUCGGCGACGGGUAAUCGAGAAUCUCUCUGUUCUGAUUGCGCACAUGGAUAUUUUGCAUAGCCCCAAUGACGGAAAUUUCAAAUUGUUUUCUCAGGCCAAGCGCUCUCUUCAGUCUGUUGUGGACAUGUUAUUACAGCCGCUGAAUCCACUUAUAAUUGAGGCAUCACCUACACACCUCAAUACCGAGCUGCCUUCCGCUGACUGGAUGGUGCCUGAGUAUUGCGGCUUUGAUAGUGAUUUCUGGUAA